CACUCUUCGGAAAGGCGAAAAGAAAAGAAAGGAGGGUCUCUCAAUCCACCCUUUUCCGAUACUUUCCCUGGAUCUCAGUCGCAGAGGUAGAAGGCGACACAGAUAAGAGUGUUCUGAACACCAACCUAAAGUGGAGGAGCCUGAGGCUGAAGGUGCAGUGUCCUGUUUACACUGAAGGAGCUGGUGUGUGGACAAGAGACGCUGGCAGCUCAAAUGGACCCCAUGGAGCUGAGAAAUGUCAACACUGAGCCGGAGGACGAGAGCAUCAGUGGAGAAAGUGCUCAAGAUAGCUACACCGGGAUGGGAAAUUUAGACAAGGCAGCAAUGAGCAGUCAAUUUACUAAUGAAGAUGCUGAAAGUCAGAAAUUCCUGACGAAUGGAUUUUUAGGGGAAAAGAAGCUGGCCAAUUAUGAUGAUGAACAUCAUCCUGGAACCACCUCCUUUGGAAUGUCUUCAUUCAACCUGAGUAAUGCCAUCAUGGGCAGUGGAAUCUUGGGCCUGUCCUAUGCCAUGGCCAACACGGGGAUCAUACUUUUUAUAAUCAUGCUGCUUGCUGUAGCAAUAUUAUCACUCUACUCAGUUCACCUUUUAUUAAAGACUGCCAAGGAAGGAGGGUCUUUAAUUUACGAAAAACUAGGGGAAAAGGCAUUUGGAUGGCCUGGAAAAAUCGGAGCUUUUGUUUCCAUUACAAUGCAGAACAUUGGAGCGAUGUCAAGCUACCUCUUUAUCAUUAAAUAUGAACUACCUGAAGUAAUCAGAGCAUUCAUGGGACUUGAAGAAAAUACUGGAGAAUGGUACCUCAAUGGCAACUACCUCGUCAUAUUUGUGUCUCUUGGAAUCAUUCUUCCACUUUCUCUUCUUAAAAAUUUAGGUUACCUUGGUUAUACCAGUGGAUUUUCUCUUACCUGCAUGGUGUUUUUUGUCAGUGUGGUGAUUUACAAGAAAUUUCAAAUACCCUGCCCUCUGCCUGUUCUGGAUCACAAUGUUGGAAACCUGACAUUCAACAAUACACUUCCAGUGCACGUGGUAAUGCUGCCUAACAACUCCGAGAGUAGUGGGGUGAACUUCAUGAUGGAUUACACCCACCAGAAUCCUGCAGGGCUAGAUGAGAACCAGGCCAAGGGUUCUCUUCAUGGCAGCGGAGUAGAGUAUGAAGCACACAGUGAUGACAAGUGCCAACCCAAAUACUUUGUAUUCAACUCCCGGACAGCCUACGCGAUUCCUAUUCUAGCAUUUGCUUUUGUGUGCCACCCCGAGGUCCUGCCCAUCUACAGCGAACUUAAAGAUCGGUCCCGGAGGAAGAUGCAAACAGUGUCAAAUAUUUCCAUCACGGGGAUGCUUGUCAUGUACCUGCUUGCUGCCCUCUUUGGUUACCUAACCUUCUAUGGAGAAGUUGAAGACGAAUUACUACACGCUUAUAGCAAAGUAUACACAUUCGACACCCCUCUCCUCAUGGUACGCCUGGCAGUCCUUGUGGCGGUGACACUAACGGUGCCUAUUGUCCUGUUCCCAAUUCGUACAUCAGUGACCACACUCUUAUUUCCCAAAAGACCCUUCAGUUGGAUAAGACAUUUCUUGAUUGCAGCCAUGCUUCUUGCACUGAAUAAUGUUUUGGUCAUCCUUGUACCAACAAUAAAAUACAUCUUUGGAUUCAUAGGGGCUUCUUCUGCCACUAUGCUGAUCUUCAUCCUUCCAGCAGUGUUUUAUCUUAAACUUGUCAAGAAAGAACCCCUUAGGUCACCGCAAAAGGUUGGGGCUUUAAUUUUCCUUGUGCUUGGAAUCAUCUUCAUGAUUGGAAGCAUGGCACUCAUUAUAAUUGACUGGAUUUACAAUCCCCCAAAUUCCAAGCAUCACUAACCCAAGGAAAAAAAUACUUUUUCUAUUGGAAAUGGCUGCAAAUUAUGCUGCAAAAGACAUUGAGUUCUGUUGAUUGGAAUGUUAUUCACAGGAAAUAACAGGAAGAUUCCAAAGAUGUCUAGAGUAACAUCUCCAGGCACCUAAGAGAAAAAACGUCAUUUUUGUCAAGAAUGGCUGUUUAUGUGUUUAAAACCUGUGGUGCAUGUUGCUACCCAUGUUCUCCUAGAGCAGUGUGAGAGGAUGUAUUUUUGCUGUUAUGCAAGCAGAGUAAGGGUAGCUGCAGGUAAUUGUUCUCAGAUAAUGCCCUUCCCCCCCACACACAAUUACCAAAUACUUGUAUUUUUGGAACAUCAAACAGAAAUGCCCAGGAGGCAAAGCUAUCUAACUGUUUAAUGCCUUUCUGCAAUUCAACACCCAAUAUUCUGGGUUUACUGAAUAACAGAGGCAGAAGGCUGGUCUUAUAACUGUCCCUGUAAAGUACAUGAAUGAUCAGACAGCAGGCUACAACACGUUACUCUCAACAGUAAGAAAUAUCUUGCCCAUUUUGUUCGUGACAUUGAAUUCGUAACUUCUUCAUCCAAUAGAUUUUUGGUAAAUGUUAAAACAUCUUACUAAACACAGACAUACCUUGUUUUAUUCUGCUUGACUUUAUUGUGUUCAGAUACUGAGGGUUUUGGGGGGGGUUGUUUGUUUUUUGGGAGGAGAUUGUUGUUCUUUUUUUUUUUUUACAAAUUGGUUUGCAGCAACCUUGCAUGGAGCAUCAUUUUCCCAACGGCAUCUGCUCCCUGUGUGUCUCUGUGUCACAUUUUGGUAAUUCUCACAGUAUUUCAAACUUUUUCAUUAUUAUGUUUGUGAUGGUGAUCUGUGAUCAGUGAUUAAGACUUGCUGAAAGCUGAGAUAUGGUUAGCAUUUUUUAGCAAUAAAAUAUUUUAAUUAAGGUAUGUGCUUUUUUUUAGACAGAAUAGGUUUGCACACUUCAUGGACUAUAAUGUAAACAUAACUUUUUUAGGUACUGGGAAACCAAAAAAAAAAAAAAAUCCAUUUGACUUGUUUUCUUGUAAUAUUUGCAGUGGUCUGGAACCAAACCUGCAAUGUCCGAGAUAUGCCUGCAUGUCUUAGGACCUGUCCCAGUAAGGUACAUACGUAAAUGAUGAGACACCAGGCUAGAACACCUUAUUAUCAACAGUAAAAGAAUGUUUUGCCCAUUCUGUUUGUGACAUUGAAUGAGUGCCUUCUUCAUUUGAUUUUUUUUUUAUAAACGUUAAAACAUCUAAUUAAACAGAGAGAGGGGCUUUAUUUAAAUGAUAGAGGAACAACAAAAAUAAUUCUUGUUGCUAAACUGCCUGAUCUGGAAGCAUUUGCUUUUCAAUACUAUUUCUAGUCCUCUUGUCAUGCUUGUCAUUGAACAAUGCUCUCCCUCUCGUCUUCCACUGUCAUCCAGAAGUUUUAGAUAGACCACGAUUCAUGUGGACCUACAUUACCCAGUAUUGUUUGAUACAUUUUUAUUUGAUAAACAUUCAGUGCAGGAAACUGUGAUUGCUAUAUGUUUAUGUAUAUAAUCUUAUUCUGUAGUCAUCAGAAUUUUAAUGUAUGGUAC